AUGAAAAACACAGAUCAAGUGGCCGUGUUGCAUGAUGCUGUGUUCUUAAGGUGCCUACCUGAACCGAUUAGUAAGGUAAGAUUUGAAAAUAUCAAUGGCAUGGCCCUUAUACUGUAUGGAAAGAGAUCUGACAUGGAAAUUCAACAUUACCUGCGUCGCACUCAAGGCAACAUGACUAAGACGCCGGUGGCUGUGGGUGUGUUAACACAUUCUAUGGCAGAGCAACAUAGUCUUCCUAACACACCAUACAAGAGGGCAGUUGCUGAUAUUGUGAAAUUGCUUAAAAAUGAGACCCAGAAGAUGAACUUAACCAUGGAAGACCUCCUGCCUCCGGUGGACCAGCCCUACUAUCAGUACAGGAGUGGAGCAUCAAAUGGCAUUAAACUACAGGCGCAAAGAUGCAACCCAAUGAGAUAA